AACGUUAAUUAAAUUAUAUAUAUAUAUAUAAUUCCAUUUAUUCAGAUGCUAUGUCACUAAAUAAUCCUAACUUUUAUAGUAAUAAUCUUGUAUCAAUGCUGUUAUCCUCUAACAUGUGACAGAGUACGGUAGUGUUUAAAGGAGCUUAAAUUAUAAUUAUAUAUAUUUUUUUAAGCUGUCGUUACCUUCAUCCAUUAUUUUAAACGGGUUCUUAUGGUUCUGUGCGCAUCAGCCUGUAGAUGGCGCUGUAGAACGCUGUAUAAUUGUUUCCAUAAAUGACACGGGGGAGAAACAUAUUUCAUUACCAUAAGGAAGUAAAAUGACAAAGAGUUCCUUAAGUGUCUUUGAUGGGGCAUAGAUCGCUCUGGUGUUUCAGAGCAUUCAUAUCUUUAACUUUAAGUAAAAUACGAUUCUCAACCGUGCGAAAUGAAAAGAUGCAUUUCCGUGUUUAUUGCUUGCAUUAUUUUAAUGGAUGUCUCGAGCAAAUGGCAUAGCAGGAGAAGCUUUGCCUUUACAAAGAGGCUUUUCCUGGGACACCUGUGGAAAGCCAGAAGACCCAACUUAUGUGAAGACUCUUCAUGUGUAUCCAAACCCAAUUCCUUCACCGGGAUAUGUGAUGGCAUCUGCAUCUGCCUCCACAUCGCUGCACCUGCGCUCUCCCUUCAGUGUGAACUUGACACUGGAAAGAGAAGUUGCUGGUGUAUGGAUAAAAGUGCCUUGUGUUGAUGACUUGGGAAGUUGUUAUUAUCCUGAUGCCUGUGUGCGGCUGGCCCAGCUCUUUAUGUGGAUCCCGCAGCUCUGUCCUGAACCUAAACCUUCAUCUAGUGUCCCCUGUGGAUGUCCAUUCAGAGCUAUAAGUGGAGACCUGAUCUUUAUUAUUGUCACCACUGAGCUGCCGAGUCCCUGCAGCUGCCUGUCAAUGGAAAGUUUGUCAUGA